AUGCUGCCCAAAUAUAGACUCACUUCGACCAGUAGGCAACGGGCCAGGGGUGAGGCCGGUUGCGAUCUGCCAGCUGGACCAGCACACUGGUAUAAGAAGGCCCUGCUCGGCCUCCACGAGCUGUCGUUUCUGGCCACCACUUCAUCAAAGUUCUACAACACUGUCUGGCGUCACCGUCAAGCACAUCUGAGUUCCAAGGUUACCUCGUCUCACUUCAUCACAGGCAUUCACACCAAAGUACAUACCUACCGCACCCUCGGAUUAGUUACCAUGACGUCCCCCCAGGAUCCACACACCAAGCUCUACUCGCACAUCAACGGUCAGACCUCAGAUCUUCUCGACCGUUACGCCGUCUCGGAGCUUUGCAAAGGCUGGCCGGUUUAUCGUGACGCCUCAGAAUGGCAAAACUACCGCGAUCUCUUCACAGCGGAGGGCGCCUACGUCUGGACCACUUGGUCUGGCCCACGCACGGUAGAUGAGUUCAUCUCCAUCUCCAAAGCCGGCAAGGAGAAGGACGUCUUUAUCAUGCAUCGCGAGUGUGGUACCCUCGUCGAGCUUGGCAAAGACAAGACUCGGGCAAUAGGCAAGAUGAAGGCCACCAUCACCCACCGCUUCAAGUUUUCCCCUCAACACAGUAACGGAACUCACGCUGCUUUCAACGGCUCCAACGGUACUACCGGCACUCAUCCGCAUGACGCUGCAAAAGCCGAGGGCGAGUACGAGUUUGACGUUGACUGCGACUGCCGCUUCAUUUUUUUCGUCGAGAAGAACGCGUCGACCAACAACGAGUGGAAGACGCGGUAUGUGAAGCUCUUUUAUGAGAAGGACAAGGUUGUAACGGUAGACGGGUUCACGGCGCCGAGGUUCAGCAAGGCAGAGCUUGAGAGGAUACCAAAGGGGUAUAAAUACUUGGGAGCUGCGCAGGCGAGGCUGGGAUACGAAAUCGACUUGGACUUGCCCACUGCGUCAGGGGAACUUUGGGACCGCAUGUAUGGCGAGAUGGAGAAGUGGCUGGAUGGGGGAAAGGUCGACUUGUUUUGGGAAGGGAAACAAUAA